AUGCUUGCGUCAGCCGGCAGCGAAUCCGCCGAGCGCGGCCAGCCUGAUCAGGAACUGAUUGAUAUUGCCAAGUAUGUGCACGAAUUCAAGAUUGACAGCGCCCUUGCCUACGAUACUGCUCGGCUCUGUCUCAUCGACACACUUGGCUGCGGUCUCGAGGGAUUGCGGGUGUCGAAGCAAUGCUCAAACCUCAUGGGCCCGGUGGUCGAAGGCACAGUGGUGCCCAAUGGUGCUCGUGUCCCAGGCACAGACUAUGUGCUCGACCCAGUACGAGCGGCAUUCGAUAUUGGCACCCAGAUCCGCUGGCUCGACUUUAACGACUGCUUCCUUGCAGCCGAAUGGGGUCAUCCCUCUGACAACUUGGGCGCCAUCAUGGCAGUCGCAGACUACCUGUCUCAAGUCAACAAGGCUUCAGGCAAGCCCGCCCUCAAGGUCAAGGACAUCCUCACCGGCAUGAUUAUGGCGCACGAGAUCCAAGGCUGUCUCGCGCUCGAGAACUCCUUCAACCGCGUCGGCUUAGAUCACGUCGUGCUCGUCAAGGUCGCCUCGACGGCUGUCGUCUCAAAGAUGAUUGGUCUGUCACUCGAGCAGACUAUUGAUGCCGUCUCGCAUGCCUGGAUCGACGGACAAUCUCUCCGGACCUACCGUCACGCGCCCAACACCGGCUCGCGCAAGUCUUGGGCUGCCGGUGACGCUUGCGCGCGCGCCGUCAACAUCGCUCUGCUCGUCCAGAAGGGAGAGGUCGGCUACCCGACCGCACUCACUGUACCGACUUGGGGCUUCUACGACGUUGCAUUUGGCAAGAAGCCUUUCAAGUUCCAGCGUCCGUACGGCAGCUAUAUCAUGGAAAAUGUGCUCUUUAAGCUCGCAGCGCCUGCAGAAUUCCACGCGCAGACAGCCGUCGAAGGAUCAUUGAUCCUUCACAAGAAGCUGAAGGAGAUGGGCAAGAGCUCAGAUGACAUCAAGGAGGUCAAGAUCCGCACUCAAGAAGCUGCCAUCCGCAUCAUCGAUAAGAAGGGCAAGCUGCAUUCGUUCGCCGACCGAGAUCACACUAUCAACUACAUGACGUCUAUCCCGUUGAUCUUCGGUCGUCUUGAGCCAGGCGACUACCUCGACGAAGUCGCUGCUGAUCCUCGCAUUGAUGAGCUGCGCGCAAAGACCUACUGUGUCCAAGAUCAAUUCUUCAGCGAGGACUACCACAACCCAGACAGCCGUUCGAUCGGCAACGCCAUCACCAUCACCCUCAAGGACGGCACAGUGCUUGAUGAAGUCGAGAUCUUGUAUCCGCUCGGUCACAUGCGCCGUCGCGAGGAAGCCAAGCCCGUCCUGAAUGCCAAGUUCAAGCGACACAUCGAUCAUUGGUUCCCCGCCGAGCAUGUCAAGAAGAUCAUCGACCUCACUGCUGACCAGGCCAAGCUCGAGGCAACGGACGCGGACGAGUUUGCUGCUCUUUGGGUCAAAAAGGCAUAA